AUGGCAGACUACACGAGCUUUCGAAAUAUCCUACGAAACGCGCCAGAAAACGCAAUGAAAAUAUUCCAGAUGCAGUUUCAAAAGGUUUGGGACAUGUAUGCAGGUAUGCUACUAAACGAUCCUGCAAUUUCUACUCGCCUAGAAGCGCUGCUUCGCGUGUCAUCUUAUGUUAUUCCAGGGCGUUUUGUCGCCUCGAAAGAGCUCGGGGAACUUCUGUACGGCUUGUCGAACUUGCUAGCUUUGUUACACGAUUAUAUAUUCCGUUGCAACCUAACCUUGCCUAGUUACCCAGGAGCCGAAGACGAAAAGCGGUUGCUGUUAUAUCUUUCUGUGAUCGAGAGCGUCGAGGUCUUUCUUGAAAUGGCUGCACAACGGCUUUGGGGUGAAAUGGGCAAAUGGCUGAUUGUUGUUGUCAUACAAUUUAGCAAAGUUGCAAUCAGGUUGUUACUGUUAUGCAAGAACAGACCCAAGCUUCAGAAGUAUCCAUUAAUACCAUUACUCAACCGACAACUCGUUUUCCAAGCGACAAGGAACAAAGAUAUGCAAGAUCGAAAGGAUGCGCAAAAUUCGAAACAGGAUGAAGAGGAGAAUAUGAAUGACACGGACACAAUGUCAGAGGAACAGCACGUUUGGCAAGGAAAGCGCUCUGGGCGUUUCGUCCGUUCGUUAUCAUCAACCCCACCGAAUGGUUUCCGAUCAUGGAAACUCCCUGAAUUCCCGACCACAAGUGAAAAUCCCACCAUACUGAAUCAGAAACAAUUUUUUGCCGAACUAUUGUAUGUUAUCCGACCCCUACUUCAUCUACCCAGUAUGUUCGCCUUUGGAGAACAAUCGUGGAAGCCAUGGUUAUUAUCUUGUUUUGCAGACGUAGCAAGCUUAUCACUUCACACUCAGUACAACCCACGGUUGACAGCUUUGGAAAAGACUGAAAUUUCUCGAAGAUUUGUUCUCAUGUUGUUUUAUUUGUUGCGAUCUCCAUUUUAUGAUCAGCAUACAAAGGGCAAGAUCUUGAUUGUCUUAAAUGGUCUUGCUGAUAAUGUUCCAUUUGUGUCAGUUAUCAUUCGACCGUUGUUGGAAUACCUGCCAUCAUGGCAACGGACCUAUUUCUAUAACUGGUGCAACUAG